AAAGCCGCGGCGUCCCCGGCCAGGGCCGCCAGGAGCGCAGACCACCAAACCGCGACACGACCUCGUCUCGGCUCAUCCAUCUCAUCUCGCACUCCGAGUGCUCGCUUCGACCCCACAGCCGGCCAGGCCAACUUGGUCCGGAUUCCCUUCGGUGAUCGGCGGUGCUCGCUCGACCGGCCAUGGGCAACUACAUGUCGUGCACGCUGGCCAAGGCGCCGGGCGGGAGGGGCGCGAGGGUGAUCCUGCCCGACGGCGGCGUCCGGCAGGUGCCGCUCCCGGCGACGGCGGCCGAGCUGAUGAUGGACGCGCCGGGGCACUUCCUCGUCGACGCGCGCGCCGCGAGCGUCGGGGCGCGCCUCGCCGCGCUGCCGGCCGACGAGGAGCUCGAGCUCGGCGGCGCGUACGCCGCGUUCCCGAUGAAGCGCCUGGGCACGCCCCUGGCGGCGCCGGACGCGGCGUGCCUGGCCGCCGCGGCGGGCACCAGGGAGGCGCGGCGGUCGUCCGCCAAGGUGUCGGACGACGCGCCGCCCGACGGGGUGGCCGCGGCGGCCGCGGAGGAGAAGGCGCCGAGGCUGCGGCUGGAGGACAUGGAGGUGGACGGCGCGGCGGCCGCGGAGCUCGGCGCGCUCAAGCACCGGCUCAGCAAUGCGCGGGCCAGGAGGAGGCCGACGCUGGAGACCAUAGAGGAGGAGAAUUACCUGUCGUCGAGAGCCUAAGACACGGCGUGGCGUGGCAGAGCUUUUUUGAUAUGCGAUUCAAGUACACGCUUUUUCCAUUUUUUUUCGUUUCAAUUUUGGAGCAUUCAGUUGAACUGGAGUUCCAAAAGAUGUGUACUUGAGGUAAGCAAAUUGUACAGGCAACCGUAUUUCUGUGAAAAGAAAAAUACAUAUACAGAUAUACUAGGUCA